GCGCCCUGAACGAUAGGCGAACAUCGUUCCUUUCGAGGAAUCGCGUGGAUGAAGUGGCUGUUUGCUGAGGAAGACGACGCCGCCGCUACUCCUCUCUCGUCGCCGCGCAAGGACAUUGGCGUACCAGCAUACAUCUUGAGCAGAGUUAGUCAAAGAUUUGGCUAUCGCACCGCUGCUGAGCCCGUAGAGAUGCCCUUAAUCCAGUCGAUCCAGCAAGCUGUCCUCCAGACCGUCAAGCGCAAUGGUGGUCGCGCAUUCAACAUGGCAGAAGUCCUCGAGAUCAAAGAGCUGUGUGAUCGUCUCCUUCCCAGCGACUUGGGGCUGGAGGUGCCUCGUGCGGUGGCAGCUGACAAGCUACCCCGCUUCCGACCUAUCCGAUACAUUGAAGUUUAUGAGGAUGCCGACAUAUCGAUGGGCAUCUUUGUCAUGCCGCCUGGCACGACCAUUCCACUGCACAACCAUCCGCAAAUGACUGUGAUUUCCCGCGUGUUGUAUGGCUCCAUGCAAGUGAACGCGUUCGAUCUCGUGCCCCCAGACGAGGACGAAGCGUUCUGGGUUCGGAAAGAGGAGCGCAUUCGCAAAGCCGAGAUCCAACACAACCGGUUUCCCAAGUUUCGCCCGCGACACUUGAAGGUGGCCAUCCAGCGGUCCACGGACGUCGUGCACGGUCCAGCGACGACGGAACUGCUGCCUGACAGGUGUAACAUUCACGAGUUUAUUGCCGUGGGGGACGUUGGCUGUGCCAUCUUCGACAUCCUCACCCCUGGCUACAAUCCACUGGCUGGCCGUGACUGCACGUACUAUCGGUCGCUGCUCCAAGUCGAAGGCGGCACCGAGGAAGAGCCGUGGUAUGUGCUGGAGCCGUCGAACCUGCCGCCAUCAUCGUUCAUUUCAGUGGACUUGCCAUAUCGAGGACCUGAGCUAAUGCCAGCUCAUGUUGCUGCACCUGACGAUGAGCAUAGUGCGACGAGCAGCGAGUAGAUUUGUACCAACCUAUGAAUACAUGAUAUAGUACAUACUAGUGCAAUGUGAU